AUGGCAUGGAAUUACUUGCACAAGUUCCACAACUUGCCAAUGGCAAAGGAAGAUUCUGAUUCCUCUAUCAAACGAAUAAUGGACGCCACCGCAGAGUUCAUCGCUAAUAUGAAUAGCAUCGGCGUCAAUACUGAGCAUUGGGACUUAUUGGUCAUUUUCGAAACAACUCAGAAAUUGGACCAACAAUCUCGACGAUUAUGGGAGGCCUCACUGGGUGCUAACGCAGAGUUACCCACCUUGAAAUCGUUUUUGAAGUUCCUGACGAGUCGGUUCAGGGCACUCGAGGCGUUGAACAUUCCUCGGAAAACUUCUAAGGUUGACUCACUGAAGACUACAACGACAAAGGCAUGCAGCAUUUGCACCAAGGACCACUACGUGAAUCAGUGCGACAAGUUCAGAGAGAUGGACGAGCAACAACGGAAAAAUGAAGCAAGAAAACAAAACUUGUGCUUGAACUGCUUGAGGAAGGGACAUGGCGUCAACCAAUGCCCCUCGAGUGGCAGGUGCCGGACAUGUUCGAAGAAGCACCAUUCGUUACUAAAUAACAGUGAAAUCACAAGCAUUUCAAAAAAAUUGACAGUCGAUGCUAAACCGUUCAUCCCGACUACCCAAGCGUUGUUGGCUGGGGAUGGAACGCAGGAUCAAACAGUACUACUCGGAACCGCUCGAGUUGAUGUACAGAGUGUUUCGGGCGAAUUUGUGACUUUGAGAGCUUUAAUAGAUUCUGGGUCGCAAAGGAGUUUCAUCACGGAAUCAGCGGUUCAAUUGCUUGGUCUACGAAGGCGAUUCUCAAAGAUACAUAUAUGCGGAGUCGGAGCAGGUACAAGACUGCAGAUCAGAGGCAGUGUGGAGUUAGUGAUCAAGGCAAAGUAUGGAGACUUCACAACCAAUGUGUCAACUUUAGUACUACCGACCAUAACGAACUUGCAUUCGUCAACCGAAACCCCAGUCAAGCUACCAGCGGGACUAUCAGUCAAAAAAUUAGCUGAUCCCCAAUACGGAACUCCAGGGCGAAUCGACAUUCUGCUUGGAGCAGACAUCUACAACGAGAUCGUGUUAGCAGGGUUCAAAAGGGGAUCUCCUUGUGCAGUGAAUACCAGAUUUGGCUGGAUUUUACUCGGUCCGACUUCUGCUCGAAACAAUCAAGAGGGAAUAUUGACAUUUAUCGCUACUGAAGACAGCACGGAUAGGCUGGUCAAGAGGUUUUGGGAAAUCAACGAGAUACCGAGCGAACAGGCGGCAACAAGGGACGAGCAGGCAGCUAUGGAAUGGUAUCAGCAGACCACCAGGAGGGACGAGUCUGGCAGAUACAUUGUUCGGCUCCCGUUUAAGCAAAAUGCGGAUCCCGGAAAAACCGUGUGCAACUCGCAGCAAAAGGCGUAUAUUCGUUUCUCGCAAUUGGAAAAACGAUUGAACAACGACGAUGACUUAAGAAAUCAAUAUGUAGCAUUCAUGGAGGAAUACCUUGAGCUAGGCCACAUGGUGGAAGUGCCAGUCGCAGAUAAGUUUACAAAACAGACAUAUUACUUGCCUCACCAUGCCGUACGCAAGGAUGACAGUACCACCACAAAGCUUCGAGUCGUUUUCAAUGCGUCUCAAGCAACACCAACAGGCAAGUCACUCAACGAUAUCUUGCUCGUCGGUCCCAACAUUCAGAAUAGCAUCACUCAUGUAUUGAUGAGAUGGAGAACGCAUCAAUACGUGAUAGCAGCUGACAUAGAAAAGAUGUACCGACAGAUAAGUAUACAUCCUCAGGAUCAGGACUAUCAACGAAUCCUGUGGCGAAGUCAUCCAUCAGAACCGAUUAAACAUUUUAAGUUAACAACAGUUACAUAUGGCACGGCCAGCGCCCCGUACUUGGCGAUGCGCAUUUUGCAUCAGCUAUCGGAUGACGAAAGGAUGCACUAUCCAAAAGCAUGUCGAGCCAUUAAAGAAGACUUUUAUGUGGAUGAUGUCCUAACAGGCGGAGAUACAAUCAAGGAAGCGCAAACCUUACAGCAAGACCUUAUUAAAGUGCUACAAAAGGGAGGGUUUAAAUUAAGGAAAUGGGCAACAAAUCACGAUAGUCUGUUGGAGUCAAUUCCUGUUUCCGAUAGAGAAGCGAACCCACCGUUAAGCAUCGACAAGGAAGAUCACAUCAAGACGCUAGGACUACGAUGGCAUCCAGCAAGGGAUUGCUUCUUCUUCAAGGUUACCUUAGAGGAGAUCACAGGUACUGUGCUCACGAAACGACAAUUGCUUUCUGAGGUAGCCAAAUUAUUCGAUCCAAUGGGAUGGUUGCAGCCGUGUAUUGUCGUAGGGAAAAUAAUGAUGCAGCAGUUGUGGUUACAACACGGAACCUGGGAUGAACCAAUCACAGAAGAACUUGAUGCGAAAUGGCGAAACUUCCGUUUACAGUUGCCGGUUCUCCAGGAAAUUACUAUUCCAAAGUGGCUACACUGUAGUGAUACUGUAACAAUUCAAGUCCAUGGAUUUUGUGACGCCUCAGAAGCAGCAUAUGCGGCAGUCAUCUAUGUACGCAUUGAGGAACGUGACGGUUCCACAACUGUUCAACUCAUAACGUCGAAGUCCAAAGUCGCACCGUUAAAGGUCCAAUCGAUUCCACGGUUGGAGCUGUGCAGCGCUGCGCUCUUGUGCGACCUGAUGUCAACUACGUUAGAAACCCAUGGUUGGAAGGAUGUCAUUCCCUAUUAUUGGACAGAUUCGAUGAUCGUUCUACAAUGGCUCCAAAGUCCAGCAGCUAAAUGGAAAGUGUUUAUCGCCAAUAGAGUCAGCCACAUUCAUUCCUCCUCCGAUUCCAAACAAUGGCGACAUAUAAAUAGCAAAGCAAACCCGGCAGAUGUCGCAUCCCGUGGAAUUUUCCCUAACUUUUUAAAAAAUCAUGUACAGUGGUGGAACGGCCCGGACUGGUUAAAGCAGUCACCAAUUUAA